UGGGGGGAGCUGUGUUUGGGGAAAGCUGCCUCUUGCUGCUGGUUUAGAGGGGGCACCUUCAGUCUGGGUGCAGGUUGUUAGGUUUUUUCCCAUCCUGAAAGCCUCUGCUGGGGUUUCCUGGGGAUCGCGCUGCGGAGGAUGCCGUCCAUCCGGCAGACGCUGCAGGAGAUGGGGGUGAAGGUGGCGGACGUCUUCCCCGAGCUGCGGCAGGGCAGGCGCAGCGGGGUGGCCGGCCCCCGAAACGGGACGGCUCCCACCCUCCUCACCAACUACCUGGAUACCCAGUAUUUUGGCGAGAUCAGCAUCGGGACCCCCGCGCAAACCUUCAAGGUGGUCUUCGACACGGGCUCGGCCAACCUGUGGGUGCCAUCCUGCAAGUGCUCCCCCCUCUACAGUGCCUGCGUUUCCCACAGCCGCUACGACUCCUCCAAGUCGCGGACGUACAUCGCCAACGGCACCGGCUUCGCCAUCCGCUACGGCACGGGGAGCGUCAAAGGCUUCCUCAGCCAGGACGUGGUGAUGGUGUCGGACAUCCCCAUCAUCCAGGUGUUCGCCGAGGCCACGGCGCUGCCCGCCUUCCCCUUCAUCUUUGCCAGGUUUGACGGGGUCCUGGGCAUGGGAUACCCCAGCCAGGCCAUCGACGGCAUCACCCCUGUCUUCGACCGCAUCCUCUCCCAGCAGAUCCUCCAGGAGGACGUCUUCUCCGUCUACUACAGCCGAGCUUCGAAGAAUGCUCCCCUGAAACCCGGCGGGGAAAUCAUCCUGGGAGGCAGCGACCCAGCCUACUACACCGGCGAUUUCCACUACCUGAGCGUCAGCAAGAGCGGCUACUGGCAGAUCAGCAUGAAGGGGGUGUCCGUAGGGGCUGAGGUGUUAUUCUGCAAGGAAGGCUGCUCGGUGGCCAUCGACACCGGAGCAUCCUACAUCACCGGCCCGGCCGGCCCCGUGUCCGUGCUGAUGAAAGCCAUCGGGGCGGCAGAAAUGGCUGAAGGAGAGUACGUGGUUGACUGUGACCGGGUCCCCCAGCUGCCCAACAUCUCCUUCCACCUGGGCGGCAAGGCGUACGCGCUCGGCGGCUCAGCCUACGUCCUGCGGCAAUCCCAGUAUGGGGAGGACGUCUGCGUGGUGGCUUUCUCGGGGCUGGACAUCCCCCCGCCUGCUGGCCCCCUCUGGAUCCUUGGUGCCAGCUUCAUCGGGCACUACUACACCAAAUUCGACCGGCGCAACAACCGCAUCGGCUUCGCCACGGCUCGCUGAGCGCCGGGACCCCGGGGGGGAGUUUUGGGGAGCCAGCUGGGAGGCAGGAGCAGCACCCGAGAGAAGCAAAUGGGAAUGCAAACGGGAAUGGCGUUUCCUUAAAGCACAGCCACCUCCUCUCUGUACUGAAGCAACUGCACAGCCUCGUGUUCUCCCACUCCAAAACCCCCGCGCUGCUUCCCGAGAGCCUCAGCUGCUGGGGAGACAGGAGCCUGGAGAGCAUCCUCCGCCGAGCAUCCCCCUCGGGGGUCCCAGGGGAACCUCCAGAGACUUUCAGGGUGUGAUGUGCAACAGGGCAGCAUGUGGCGGCUCCCUGCUGGCUGGAGCAGAGGUUUUUUGCAGCUUGCAGGUGUUUUGGAGCGGUGGUUUGUUAUCGUUCUGGUCGUUCUUUGAAUGGGAGAAAAAUAAUCGGGCUGGUUUCAACGGUGGCUGUUUCGGCUGGUGUUGUACCCGACCCCUCUUCGUGUUUUAAUAUUAAACAAUCUGAGAGCAACAGGAAGCUGAGU